AUGCCGCCGACGGUAAAGGAGGCGGCUCCGCUCACUGUCCUCGUGACCGGAGCCAACCGGGGCCUUGGCAAGGCUCUCGUUGAAGAGUUCAAGCGCCUGGGCGACGACGCUUACGGCGCCCACCGGCCGGAGUGCCCGCAGAACCAGGCCACGGUCGCCGGCCGCAGCGAUAUGAGCAAAGACAAGAAAGCCCCCAAGGUCAAAAAGGCUGAAUACCUCGAGGUCAGCAAGGGCCAGCACAACCUUAACUUUUGUCGCAUUAUUGUCGACGAGUCCCAAAACAUCAGGAACCCCUCAAGCACCAACCAUCGAGUCAUCCGGCAACUGCUGAAGAUCUUUCGCUCGUUCGGCGGAUGCACCGCCACGCCCACGAUCAAUCGUGUCACGGACAUCGUCGGAACUUCGGCUCUGGUCUGGCAGGUGUCUCGGCUUUCCGAGUACCUAACGCCCCCUGACACUUUGUCGUUCGUGCAAAUGGCCAAGCGCACUUGGCUCCAUCCAGAGGACGGCGCGAAGUCUUGGUUCGGCCAAAAGACUCCCCAGGAAAUCAAGGCCAGCCUGCGCAUCUGGCAACAACGUGGCUUCCGGUGGUGGCUUCUCCACCCUAAGGCCCAGCGUCAGAUUGUUGAUGCCGACCAGCCAACAAAGAUUUCUUUGAAAAUCUUCGAAGCAACGAACAUGUACACAUGCCGGCGUGGCAUGGAUACAGCGCUCCACCUUCCCAACGGCACUGUCACGUACCCGCGCGAGAAGAUCCCAGCGCACACGAUCGUAUCCGAGGACCUGGCUUAUCGUUUCUGCUUCCAGGAGGUGUCCGAGGCCACAGAGGCAAUCCUCAAGAAUGUCUCUUUCCCGUCGAAGCACGACGGUGACACCAACCAAACGGCGGACGCGGUCAGCGGGGGCGAUAACAGCGGAGGCAACCCCGCUGCGUCAGACUCGAAGAAGGCCAACGAGGGGUUGAGUUUGUCGCUCGUCCGGGCGCUCUGCUUCUUGGCGAUGGAUUACAACUCCUAUCGCAUGCUGACGUCGGACGACGCGAUAACGUCCAUGGCUUCGGAGGACCUCAAGGCAGCGCUGGCCAACAGCGGCGCUCACCCAGGUAACUAA